UGUGCAUCAGAGCAGGCAAACUGAAAAAAGGAAACUGUUUUGUUCAAACGUGUCAUGAAGUAUCUGUGUCCUCCUGCUUGUGCGAUUUUGCAUGCAAAUCCUUUAAGAAUUCAGACAAACUGUGAAAACUUCCUUUUUUAAGAACAUUUUUAUUUCACUAAGAAGAGUGUUCUGCAUGCAGAUCAAGUAGCCCGUCUGAGAAUGUCUCUAACAUCAAGAUCACAAGCCCUUUGGACCUAGGAAGUAACCUAAUACAGAAGAAAGAAAGACACUCCGUGAAGCAUGACAAUGAACACUCUUUUUGUAAAGUGGGUGAUAUUUGUGACCCUGAUAAAUUCAGAUUUUCAUUAUUGCCAACAAAUUGAAUUCAAUUUGUUGAGCAGUGCUCAAACUGCUACAGAGGGAUCCUGCAUUGAAAUCAAAUGUAAAGCAGAGGGUCAUUCUCCCAUAAAUAAAGAUGCUUUCUGGUUCUGGAUGAAGGAUGCAAAUUGGACAAAGGCCAUGGAUUUUGUUGGAACCAACGUUUUCAGCUCGAAUGAAAUGGAACGUCCCGUCAGUUCAGAGUUUAAAAACAGAGUCAAGUAUCUCAGCUCACCGACAAGUGGGAAGCGGUAUUCAUCAGAAGUGUGCAACAUAUUGAUCUGCGAUCUGAAGAAAACAGACAGCGGACAAUAUAUGUUCAGAUAUGUUUGGAAAACCUACAAAUGGGGAACAAAAAAUUUUAAUCUAACUGUCCAGGAAAACCCAUGCCUUAUCACUUUUAGCCAACCACCAGCUGUGAUGACAAAUAAUACGGUGACACUCACAUGCUCUACAUCCAUUUCAUGUGAUUCUGACCCUCAAAUUAACACUCUGGAGCAGCAGCCUUCACCAAAAGGGUUACGUUCUCACAACAUUGUGAAUAAAAAUGAAACAACCAAAAGCACAGACUAUAGCUUUACUGCAAGCUGGGAGGACGAUGGGAGAGUGUUUUCAUGCCAAACAUCAGGAAACAAGGACAAAUAUUUGAACCGGAGUGUAACCCUGACUGUAGAAUAUUCUCCUAACGAAGUACUUGCUAAUACGAGCGACAAACCCGUAAAGGAAGGAGACACUGUGACUCUCACAUGCUCUGCUAAUGGAAGACCCAAUGUCACUUUCUCUUGGUUUAAAAAUGAAUCUGUUUGCCUUAAAAAAGGCAAACAGAUUCAAGAAGAUCAACUUCAUUUUACAUCAAUUAAAGAAUCAGAUAGCGGAUCUUACUUCUGCCAAGCUCAGAACAACCAUGGGACUAAACAGUCUAACAAAUUACAAAUUAAUGUGCUCUAUCCACCUUCAGUUCAAAUCCAAAAAAAAUUACUGAUCACAAGAUACCACACCGACAUAACAGAAGGGGACAAGAUUAAACUUGUUUGUUAUGUGAAUAGAAGCAAUCCACAACCAAGUAACAUUACUUGGCGUAAAGAUGGAAACAAUUUUUGGAGUCAGAAGGAAUAUGUUUUCUCCAGCAUCAAACCAGAAGACAGCGGCACUUACGAAUGUAUAGCCAGAAACAGUGUUGAUUCAGGAAGAUCAAAACCUUUUCAGCUUAACGUUCAAUACAAGCCACAAAGCAAGGUUUCUACCAGUGCCACAAAUAAAGUGAAAGUGAACAGCUUCCUUAGAUUUACUUGUGACACCAAGGCAAACCCAGAGCCCUGGUUCUCCUGGUACCGUUAUAAACAGUCCAACCCCACCAACUGGACACCACUGAAUCUUGAAAAGGAUCUAACUUUAGAGAGAGUGCAAAGAACAGACGAAGGCUGUUACAUAUGCAAUGCAAGCAACACAGUUGGUAGAGGGAAAUUCAGUCAGCCCAAGUGCAUUCAAGUACUUUUUCCUCCCACCAACAUCUCUCUGUCUGUGGUUUCUAAAGUUAAAGAAGGCCAGUCUGUAACAAUCACCUGUAAUGCUGAAAGCUUCCCUUUGUCAAGAUUUGAGUUGCGAAAAUCUUUAACACCUGACCUUUCAUCCUCAGAACGUUUUUUUUCUCCACCUUUUAAUGAACAAAACUCUUUCACCCACACAUUUAAUGUAACUUCAACCCACGCAGGGUUGUACACCUGCAUUGCAUCAAACAGCGAAGGACGCAACAGCAGCAACCAGAGGAAACUGGAGGUUGAAUAUGCUCCCAAAGAUGUGAGAGUAGAACCUAAACCUGGAGAAAAUGUAAAAGAAAAUGAGUCAUUCUCAUUAACCUGCACUGCCCAUUCCAAUCCACUGAUAACUCAGUUCAAGUGGAUAAAAAGGAAUAACAGUAAUAAGGACAUUACUGUGAGCACCGAGAAGACCUUCACUGUACAUUCUUCUAAGCCCUCUGACAGUGGGCUUUACAUUUGUGAAGUCCAAAAUGUCAUUGGAAGUGGGAAAUCACAAGUGAAGAUUAAUAUAAAGUAUCCACCAAAAUGGACGACAAUCAUUAAAGGAGAAGAGCAACGGCACCAAGGGGGACGACGUUCUGUGACACUUAGCUGCAGCAGUUACUCCUAUCCUCCUGCUAAUUAUAUCUGGUACAAUAAGACAGAUAACACAGAGGUUUCUCGCAAGCAGAACUUAACGGUGUACUCCCAUCAAGCAGGGGAGUACUACUGCACUGCCAGAAAUGAGAUGGGUCAGAUCAAGUCAGACUCAGUCAGCCUGUUUGAUGACACAAUUAUGAAGAUUAUGAAAGUUGCUGGCUGGCUUUGCUUGAUCUUGCUCAUCAUCGGCUUUAUUUGGUUGUACAGGCACAGAAAGAAUAAAGCAAAUCGACAAAGGACAACAAAUAGAUGGUCCUGCUGUAAUUUUUUGCUGAUAAUUGAGGGUUUCUGUAGCUUGUGCAAAAGGCCUGAAAGGAGAAAUGCAAGAAACGAGAAUAUCUUAACAGAUACCUCUAGAAGCCGAGAUGACUUAUUGCCACAGCAACACUGCCGUCCAAAGGCUCAGCAUCAGCAGCCUUGUCCAGACGUCACGUCUACGUCCCAUCAUGUUAACGUUGUUUAUUCUACAGUCAAUGUGCCAUAUGAAAAACAAGCUCCAUCCGCACAAAGGCCUGGAGGAAGCCAGCAAAAAUGUAUGGCGGAUGACUCUCUCAACUACGCCUCUAUACACUUUCAAAAAACGAAGAAAGAAGAAGUAGAGUCUGUCUAUUCACAAGUGUCUACGCCAAACCCAUGCAAACAGCAAGCACAGGAAAAACUGGAGGACUAUGAGAACAUCAACGUGGUAUCACCAUUCAAAGUUCCAUAUAAUUUUGACGAUGACUCAGAGACCAGUGAUGAAGAGGAGGUCAACUAUACUCAGGUGGACAUUAUUCCAAAACCUUCCGGCCAGACAGACUCAACAGACUCCAGCACGUCUGACGAUGAGACUCAGUACUCUGACGUCAAACUGUGAUUUAAUACACUCUUUAAAAUCCCACUGGGAGCUGUAACUGUCAUAUUUUUAAAAAGAUAUGCAAAUAUCCAAUUCACAGUUUCAAUUUGUGUGCAAUAACAAAGUAUUAGAAGAGAUAAGGAAGUGAAUAGUGUUCCAAUUGUAAUUAACAUGUAUAGUGUCAGAAAAAAGCCCCUCUACUAAUUUCUUCUGUUUUUGCUUUUUUGUCACACAGAUUUAAAGUUACUGAAGAAAAAAAAACUAAGUAAAUAGAUAAAACAAUGAGUCAAAUUAUGACUUGACUUAUUAAAGAAAAAAAGCUAUUAAAAGCACGCUUACCCUAUGUGAAAACAGGAAACAACAUUUUUCAACCGUGAAUGAACUGUAAAUGCACAUAACAAGGUCUUAAGAUGUAACCUGCAGAUUGUAAAUAUUUUUAAAUAGAAUAUUACUGACCAUAUGAAUGUAACUAAAAGAUUAAAAAAGUAGCCUCUACCAGAAGCAACUCAAGAACUGUCUGCAAAGGGUUACAAAGUCAGAUGUUAGGAUUUGCAUCUCCAGCAAACCACAGUAAAAGCCAUUAUUCACAAACAGAUAAAAGAUUCAUAAACUUUCUCAGGAGUGACCCGUUAACCAAAGUUACUUAAAGGGCACUAAGAUUAACACAGCAUUUAAAAAAAUGAGCAUAAAACCAACAGGCAGAAUUGGCGGUGAUAGUGUACAAGUCUUGACCUGCUUUGAUGCUUCAGGAUAUGGAGAACAAAUCUGCAAGGUGGCAAAUACUUUUUUACAAUAUAUGAAUAGGUUGAGCUUUAACAAAGAUUUAAUUCUAUAUAUAAGAAGCUAAAAACUGAGACUGCUAUUUUUGUUUUUUUAAGCUAUGCUAUAUUUACAAUGAUGAGGCUUGUAUCUGAUGUAUGCAAAAUGAAACAAAUAUUGUAUUGUAUGUCUAUGUUUUUGCACUGUAAAAGAACAUUUUAUUUAGCCGCACAUGUAAAUUUAAUAAAAACACACAAAGUUAUGAAAAAUGUU